GACCUCACCUUUGCCUGCGCUACGGGGUAAGAGGGGCUUAGGUCCUCUCCACCUGGCUUUGGGACACGCACAGAAGGUUUUCCAGCGUGGAGUGUGGGUGCACACCUCCCUGGGUGCACCAUGGUGGAGGUGACGGUGACGCCGAGCUCCUCGCUGGCUGACCAGAUGGUGCAGGUGGUGGUGUCUGGGCUGGCUCCCUCGCAGUUGGUGACCCUGCGUGCCUGGCUGAUGGAUGAGCAUGGCGAGCGCUUCCAAGCCCGUGCAUUCUACCGCUCUGAUGAGGAGGGCACGGUGGAUGCUGGGCGGCACGCUGCCCUGGGGGGCAACUACACUGGGGUCUGGCCCAUGGGGCUCUUCUGGUUCCUGCAGCCCGACAGCCUCUUCAAGCGCCUGGUGAAGCGUGAUGUGAUGGGCAGCCCCUUCCUCUUCCACUUAGAGGUGUUUGAUGGCAUCUGCCUGUUGUCGGGGCAGCAGGAUAAUCCUCUGGCCACCUGCACCGCUGAGCGGUGGUACGUGGGCCCUGGUGUGCAGCGGGUGCCCAUCCGCGAGGGAAGGGUGCGGGGGGCCCUGCUGCUGCCGCCAGGCCCAGGGCCCUUCCCGGCGGUGAUCGACCUGUUCGGGGGCGCGGGUGGUCUCAUUGAGUUCCGGGCUGGGCUGCUGGCCAGCCGAGGCUUUGCGGUGCUGGCUUUGGCUUUCUUCGCCUACGAGGACCUCCCCAAAGGCCUAACCCAGCUCGACCUGGACUAUUUCGAGGAGGCUGUCGAGCUGCUCCUGCGGCACCCCAAGGUGCGAGGCCCUGGGCUGGGUGUCAUCGGCGUGUCCAAAGGGGCUGAGGUGGCUCUGGCCAUGGCCGCCUUCCUCCCGCAAGUGGUGGCCACGGUGUGGAUCAACGGCACGACCUUCCUGUACGGCAACCCGCUGCACUACAAGGGCCUCCGCAUCCCUUCCAUCCCCUACCAGACCGAACGCAUGCUCUUCACCGAGCUGGGCGCCAUGGACAACUCGGCCAUCUUCGCCGACCCGCGCAGCCCGGCCUACAGCUCCUCGGCCAUCCCGGUGGAGAAGAUCCAAGGCAAGGUCCUCUUCGUGGUGGGUGAGGCCGAUCGCAGCUUCAACAGCAAGCUCUUCGCCCAGCUGGCCACAGAACGCCUGCCACAGGAUGCCUACCGCCUGCUGUCCUACCCCGGGGCCGGCCACCUCAUCGAGCCCCCCGGCUCGCCCCUCUGCAGCAUCUCCAGCCUGCGUGGCAGCCCUCGGCCUGUGGUGUGGGGUGGAGAGCCCGUGCCCCACGCCAGGGCGCAGCAGCACUCGUGGCAGGAGAUCGUGCAGUUCUUGGAGCUGCACUUGAACCCCGUCCCUGCCAUCAAGCUGUGAGCCGCUCAAUAAAGGCAGUGGUUGCACCGGA